AAGCGUGACUACAGCAGUCAAAAUAUACUAGUUGGACUACUGAAAUUAUUCAAUCUUACCGUUUAUUUUCUUUUUAACAAUGGGGGAAUUAUUGCUACACAUUUUGCACCAGAUUGAUACAAACAGUGGCCAAAGUUACUUCAAAAAUUCACCUUUGAAAAGAAAAUCAACUGCAGAUAAAACACAGAGAAGCAAAUCAGCUUCAGCAUGUAUAGAACGAAAAGCAACACAACAACAGUUCUUUGUACUUUCUAAACUCUGCGCAGUUAAUACACUACACGACAGUAAAAAGCCGAACGAAGUUGUUCGAAGAUCCCAAUCAAUGGCAUCGGCCGAAGUGCCCCCGACGCCGAAUCAGUCUUCUGCGGUCGGGGCCGAUCUGGACUACCACCGAAUCAAAACUCCGAAGUUGACAGGGCGACUGCACAACACGAGUUGGAGUCACUCGCAGUCGUACGGGGAGAAUGAAAUAAAUCUUCCUGAUUGGUUGAGCGACCGAGAACGAACGACAGUUGUACGAAGUGUGCCGAAGCUUAAACUGCAUGAAGAAGAGUUCGCACAGAGCCCGCGAACAGUAGCAUACACCCACCAGCAGAACCUGACUCAGUACGAGCAGCAUCAGCAGCAGCAGCUGCAGCCCCAGUUCCGACUAGUCUACCCCAGACACAUGCUCUCCUCCCUGCGGAAGGUCACUGGGCUGAACAACUUCAUAGUGCAGCCCAAUGCAGUCGCACCCACUCCCGAGGAAAGAUUCAACAUCACCAGGGAACUAAUUGUCAAAUCAAGUGCGCCCAAAAUUGACUCGGGCUAUGCUGCACACGUUUCUCACAGGCCUGAAUUCGCAGAAAAACAAUUCCACCAGACCAUAAACGGCGCCUACGUCCCUACUGGGGAUCCUGUUAGAGACCGGGAGAGACAACGCCCCCCGAAAACAGAAGAAAGUGGAUACAACCUACAGAGAUCCCAGACAGUGCCUGAUGAUCUUCUUCUAUCCGAUUUCGAAGACUUGGAUCUCGAGGAGCUGCAGAAUGACAUAAUCUUCACCAAAGAUUACUUCGAGGCGCUUGACAGUCCGAUGCGACAAAGCCUACUCAGACUAAAAGAAAGAAAGACGAAAGAAAGGUAUGCUUUCAAAGAGAAGAAUGUACAGCGUGUAAAAACAAGAGAGUACUUACAAAAACAGCUUACAAGAACUAAUUACAUUUCAAGCUCGCUUGGAGUCUUGAUGGCUUCCGGCGACCAGUCAGUUUUCGAACGAGAUCUGACUUGGAAAACGGCCAGAAAAAUUGAGAUUCUUAGAAACAAAAGUCGAAGUACACCACUGGUUCCAUAUGGUAUACUCUACCCUAGAAUUGGAGGAAUAACCCGAUUCCAGGGUAGACCAACUAAGGGUGAAAUAUCCCUGAUUGAAAAGAGAGUAGGAAAUAUGAGCAAAACCUUUUUGGAUAACAAGGAAAAUAUCAAGGCUUGGAAAGCUUCGGAUGAGCCGAUUUCGACAGCAAUUCCAAACGAGGACGACGAAAGUCGAAAUUUGAGUUCGUUGGAUGUUUUGAGUCCCGAGGAACGCCGACAAUACGCCGAGGAUGAAGCAAAAGUUAGUCGCAUAAGACAUUCUUUCGAAAAACUUCCAAAUAUAGAUAAAAAGACAGCUGAAAUAAUGGCACGACAGAUAACGGAAGACGAACGAAGAGAGUUCGGAUAUAAUCCGAAUCAAUUUGACAACAUAAGUUUGAACGGUGAGAAUAGAAUUGAACCAAGAAGAGGCAAAGCUCCGACAGGCACGUUAUUUAAGUCAAACUUAGUACAACGAAACAAACCAAAAGAACCGACUAGUAGUUCGGAUCAAUUCGGUUUGGGCAAAACUGCAGCACCGCCGAAAGAUCCAAAUGCUCGAAAACUGGCUCGGAAGCCACCCAAAACUCGACCAGCGUUCCCGGCGAAGCAAAAGUUAGCAAAAUUCAACAUGGAUGCUCCGCCGGCGACGCCGAGCGAGUCAAAACGAGAGCCGAAAGAUGAUUCAGCCGACUCGAACAAAGUGUUCAUUACGCAGCCGAGAGAAAUCAGUAAUGUAGAAGGAACUGAGCCCGGGCCUGAUGACAAAGCACGAGCUAUUUCGUCAAGUGGUCGAAAGUCUGUUUCUUUUGAUGACGAAGUAGAGACGAAAUCAAUUGACGAGAAUGAAGGUGUUUCAGCCGACGAGCCGAAAGCGUCCCUAGCCGAAAAUCAGAAUAUAUCCGAUGAAUUGGGUUCUACCUCAACUGAGACUAAAGACACAAAUGAAAAUGAGAAAGUUUCUCCGUCUAGCGAAAAAGAAGCCAGCUUAGCUGAAACCGAUACAAGCACAACUGCUGCGGAAUCAGCUCAAAGUGAGUCUAAUUUUCCUAAUAAGGAUAUAAACGACACAUCGGAACCGACGCUAAAUGAGUCUGAUGUUCAAAAAGACGACGGUAAAAUAAUUGAAGCUGACAAAGAAGUUCAGGCUGAAAAAGUUCAGGCUGAAGAAACGGAUGAUGAAAACUAUUUGAAAACUAUCACAGAAUCGAACCAUGAAUGAUUAAUUUUUGUAUAAAAUACAUUUUAAGUUGUGAUACUUCCCAGUUUUUGCGUCUAUGAAAGUUUUUGUUUGUUUAAAAUUACUACUGUAGAGGUGU